UUUACAAACACGCGGAUGAAAGGUUCUUUCCAAAGUUGCUGUCAGAUCUCAUCCGUUGUUGCUACAACUCUCUACAAAAAAGACUAUAUUUUACUCCUCCUGAUCGCAAUUUAGCCGCUUAAAAAGCGGAAUACUUAAUCAUAGUAAUUGUAUCUAGUGUAUAUCAACAUGGCUCAAGAAACACCGCUAACUGAAGAGGCGAAACAACUCGUAAACAUCGGCGUUAGUCUAAAAGUCGCCCAACGCGUUGGCGAGAUUUUUAGCUCUGGAUCGCUUGCCCCAGAGGAACUCGACGAUCGUGCAUUAGAUGCACUGCGCGAAUUCAACGAAGAAGGGGCCUUAGAAGUUCUAAACCAGUUUGCCAGCAGCGAUUUAUCCCAUGUCCAGAAUAAAAGCGCGUUUCUGUGCGGAGUUAUGAAGACAUAUCGGGAGAAGAAUCGAAUGCGACGCGAUGGACAGGACCCGACAGCCGGUUUGAAAGGGCCCGAUGAGGCGAAGAUAAAAGCACUACUAGACAGAACAGGAUACACCUUAGAUAUCACUACAGGACAGAGAAAGUACGGUGGCCCUCCCCCUGGCUGGGAAGGCAAACCGCCAGGCACAGGUUCAGAGAAAGUGUGCUCUCAAGUCUUCAUUGGCAAAGUUCCACGUGACUGCUUCGAAGACGAGCUUAUUCCUGUGUUUGAGGAAUGUGGCCACAUCUACGAUUUCCGUCUGAUGAUCGACCCUAUCUCUGGGCUCACCAAGGGGUUUGCAUUCUGCACUUUCUCAAACAAAGAUGAGGCGCAGAAUGCAGUCAAGAAGCUAGAUAAUAAGGAGAUUCGGCCUGGGAAGAGGCUUGGUGUUUGUAUCUCUGUUGCCAACAGCCGUUUGUUUGUUGGAUCAAUCCCAAAGACAAAGUCUAAACAGGAGAUUUUAGAGGAGUUUAGCAAAGUGACAAAUGGUUUAGAUGAUGUUAUCGUAUAUCUCUCAGCUGAUCAGAAAGGUAAAAACCGGGGAUUUGCCUUUCUGGAGUACGAGUCCCACCAAGCAGCCUCAUUGGCCCGUCGACGCCUGGCCAGUGGUAGGAUCAAGGUUUGGGGGAACAUUGUGGUGACUGUAGAUUGGGCUGACCCUCAAGAGGAGCCAGAUGAUGAUGCGAUGAAAAAGGUGAAGGUUGUAUACCUGAGGAAUCUAAGCCCAAGCAUCACAGAGGAGAAGCUCAAGGAAGAAUAUAGUCAGUAUGGAGCAGUCGACCGGGUUAAGAAGCUAAAAGACUACGCCUUUGUUCACUUCACAGAGCGUGACCAUGCUCUCAAAGCCAUAGAGGAAACCGACGGCAAAGAAAUGGAUGGCCUGAAGAUUGAGGCUUCUCUUGCAAAGCCACAGCCAGGGAACAAGGACCGACAGCGUGGUCAAUCAGGUUUUGGGUCCCUGAAUUCCCGGCGUGGUGGCCGGGGUGGUCCAGGUGGAGGGUAUGAGGGUCGUGGUAGAGGUGGGCGUGGUGGUCCCCGGGGAGGUGGCCCUCGUGGCUAUGAUGGUGGGUACGGUCAAGGAGGUGGGUAUGAAGGCUACAGUGGUGGUUACAGAGAUGACUAUGGUUAUGGCGGUGGUAGCUAUGACCACUAUGACAGUUACUAUGGUGGCGGUUAUGAUGAUUACUACGGUGGUGGUCCCCCACGUGGUGGCCCCAGAGGAGGUAGAGGCGGCUCUCGUGGCGGACCCCCUAGAGGGGCACCUAGAGGCCGUAGUGGCCCUCCCAGAGGGCGUGGUGGGGGAGAUUUUGGUGGUCGGGGCGGUCGUGGUGGUACCACCCCUGGGAAAAGAAAGUAUGGUGCGGAUAAUCCACAGGGUGUUGUAGGGUACCCCGAACCCAAGAAGAGGUUUAUGGCUGAGGGGCAGCAGGACUACCAGGGCGGCGGCGGAUGGGGAAGUCAACCUAUCUCACAGCAGCCACAGUAUAGCAGCUACAGCGACCAGGGCCAGGAGUGGUAUCAAGACAGCUAUGGCUCUGAAUGGUAGGCCAUUUGGCUCUGAUUUCUUAUCAGAUUGGCUGCCAUUUUAGACAAAUGGAAAAUGUGUUUUUACUGUCAAAGAUUGGAUUUGAUAUUGGACUACAAUUGGCCUUGAUUGGAUUGAUUUUGGAAUUGACCUGAUAGAAAAACUCUUGGAGUGACAUGCAUAUCCCAAAGGAUUUGCUUUUAGAUAGUCUAUUUGGACAUGUUUUAUUAUAUCAUUUUGACAUUUUAGUUGGAAGUUUGUGUCAAUUGUAGUUUGGCCACGACCAAACGUUGUUUAUAGAUAUUUUAUUACAAGCAAGGUGUCAAGGAAUUUAUCAUCACGUCAUUGAAAAUGUUAGACUUUGUAGCGAGGGUCCAAAGAUGGUCAGUACGUCUUCCAAGCCUUCUUAAACAACUGACUUUCCUGAUUAUUUUGAAGUCUUGUUCAUGGUAAAACUGCUCAAUGAAGAUUGGCUGGUAGAAGAUUCGCCUCACUUGGUUCACUAUCCGAAAAAUAUGCAGGAAAAAAAUACCAAUAAACACUUCAUAUCAUAGCAUCUGGACCCUUGUAAAUAGAUUUCUCCAACCCAAAACUUCCCAAAUCUUCAAGUAAUAGGAAUAAAGAACUUCCGUAAAAUUCAUAGUAUCAUUCAGAACUCCUUGAGUAUAACUCUGUAUACAAAUAAAACAUUCCCAAAA